AUGCGAGCGUGGGUCCUGCUCUCGGCGGUGCUCUGGUACCUCACAGGAGUUGGAUGGCAGCGUUCUUCCUUACUCAGUAAGAAAGGCUUCAUCUAUGGCAAGCCAGGACACCCAGUGAAAAUAUAUGUAAAAUUACAUCAAAAUAGCCCAGUCCUUAUCUGUAUGGAUUUUGUACGUUCUAGAAAAGAAACAGUGGAUCCCACCUACUUAUGGGUUGGGCCAAAUGAAAAGACAUUAACAGGAAAUAAUAGAGUGAAUAUAACGACAACAGGAAAAUUGAUGGUGAUUGAUUUUAUGGAGGCUUUGUCUGGACUUUACACAUGUACUCUUUCUUAUAAGACUGUUAAAGCAGAAACCCAAGAAGAAACUGUAGUAAAGAAGAGAUAUGAUUUCAUGAUCUUUGCCUAUCGGGAACCUGAUUAUUCAUAUCAGAUGGCUGUACGUUUUACUACCAAGUCUUGUGUAGGAAGAUAUAAUGACCUGCUCUUUAGAGUGCUGAAGAAAAUCUUGGAUAAUUUAAUCUCUGAUUUGUCAUGUCAUGUCAUAGAACCAUCAUAUAAGUGCCAUUUUGUUAAAAUUCCGGAACAUGGUCUCGUACAUGAGCUAUUUAUAGCUUUUCAAGUUAAUCCUUUUGCACCAGGGUGGAGAAGUGCAUGUAAUGCAUCUGCUGACUGUGAAGACAUCACUAAUCAUAAUAUCCUCCAGGCAAGAGAUCGGAUAGAAGAAUUUUUUCGAAGUCAAGCAUAUAUUUUCUAUCAUCACUUUAAUGAAACUCUACCAGCUAUGCAUUUUGUGGACCACAGUUUUCAAGUAGUACGUUUGGAUAGCUGUCGACCAGGCUUUGGAAAAAAUGAAGGUCUACACAGUAAUUGCGCUAGCUGUUGCGUGGUUUGUAGUCCUGGCACUUUCAGUCCCGAUGUUGAUGUUACUUGUCAGACCUGCGUUUCUGUCCAUAUAUACGGGGCUAAAUCUUGCCCAUAA